AAAGAUUUUAAAGAUAUUUUGAAAAUGAAAUAUUUACAUUUGGAUGGAAAUUUAAAUUUGAAUUCUGAUGUGUUUUUACACAUUCUUAAACAAACUGGAAAAAAUUGUUUGGAGACAAUAAUACUUCAAAAAAAGUUGAGAAAUGAUGAAUUGAAUAUAUUAAAUACAAUAAUUCGAAAUCAAAAAUCUUUAAUUAGUAUAAAGCUUUGUCAACAAAUGCCAAACAUUUCAUUUACAGAAACUUUUAAAGCGAUUGAAAUAAUGAAAGCUUCCAAGUUACAAUGUUUGGAUUUUACUAAUUGUAAUCUAAAUAGUGAAACUGCUAAUCUAAUUCCUAAAAUAAUUGAGAAACAUAGACAAAUUACUUCAUUAUAUCUUCAUUACAACAAAAUAGAAUCAACUAUUGGUAAAAAAAUAUUUGAUACUAUAAAGACUUUUUGUGAAAAUUUGAAAAUAAUCGCUUUUGAUGAUUGUGAAAUUGAUUCAAAAGUUGGUAAUAUAAUUGGUGAAGCAAUUGGGCAGCAAAAGGAACUUGAACAACUUCUUUUGAAUGGAAACAAAAUAGGAUCAAAUGUUAGUCAACAAAUUUUUAAAAUGAUUAAACAAAAUUGUUUUAAAUUGUCUGCUAUUAAUUUUGACAAUUGUGAAAUUACAUGUAAUGUUGGAAAUAUUGGUGAUGCAUUUGAGAAUUUGACCAGUCUAACAACUCUGACAAUGCAGAAUAAUAAUUUAGGAUCAAAAGUUGGUGGAAAUAUAUUCAAAAAUAUUCAAAAAAAAUGUGUUAAUUUAAUACACCUAUGUUUUGAUAAUUGCAAAUUUGACCAAGAAAUGGGAGAUGUUCUUGGUAAUACUAUUGCUAAACAAAAAAAUUUAAAUGCACUAGCCCUGUCAAAUAACCAAUUAGGAUCAAAAGUUGGUAGAAAUAUAUUUAAAAAUAUUCAAAAUAAAUGUUUCAAUUUAAUACACCUAUGUUUUGAUAAUUGCAAAUUUGACCAAGAAAUUGGAGAUGUUGUUGGUUUUGCUAUUGCUAAUCAAAAAAAAUUAAAUACACUAGUCCUGUCAAAUAACCAAUUAGGAUCAAAAGUUGGUAAACAUAUUUUUGAAAAUAUAAAAAAUAAUUGUUUCAAUUUAUGCACACUGGCUUUUGAUAAUUGUAACUUGACUGAGUAUGUUGGAAAUGAAGUUGGAGAUGCUAUAGGAAAACAGAAAAACAUAUCAUUGUUAACUAUGCAGAUGAACAAUUUAGGUUCAAGUGUUGGUAAAUGUAUUUUUGAAAACAUUAGCCAGAAUUGCAGAAAUUUAACAAGAAUAUCAUUUGGUAAUUGUGGAUUUAAUUCUAACAUCACUAAUAUUAUUGGUGAAGCAAUUGGUAAACAAAAAAGUCUACAAUAUCUUUAUUUACAAAACAACAAUUUAGGAACAGAAUGCUGCAGAAAUAUAUUUCAAAAUAUUUAUCAAAAUUGUUCAAAUUUAAAACAUAUAAAUUUGGGUAAUUGUGGAUUUGAUUUUGAAAUUGGUAAUAUUAUUGGAGAUGCAAUUGGUAAACAAAAAGGAGUAGAAUCAUUAGUUUUCGAUAAUAAUAAUUUAGGAACAGAAAUUGGUAGAUAUAUUUUUGAACAAAUUUUAAACAAUAACUGCACUUCUUUAAUUAAUAUUACGAUGUGUAAUUGUGAAAUAAGUGAUGUAAUUAGGCCAAUUGUUGCUGAGGUAAUGGAAAGACAAAAAUACCUUAAAUUUUGUGCACUACAGAAAGUUCCUGUGGAACAAUGCAAAGAAUUUUUUAACUAUGUAGAGUUCUAACAUACCUAAAUAAAUUAGACAUAAAUAUCUUUAUAGAUAUGUUAUUUAAACUUUAGAACUUUGAAAAGUCUAGAACUUUAAGGAGACCUUUAUUUCAUAGGAAAUAGAUUCUUUGGCCAUAACAGAUGGUGCCACUAUGAAAUUAACAAAGGAACAAACAAUAUAGAAAAAAUGCAUGUCAAACUUGUUGCAUCUUAUUCAAAAACAGAUGCGGGAGAGGCAGGCUUGUUUUUGUAGUGCUAUAUGUUAGCCAUAAUUGAUUAAAUAGUUUUCGUGUUUUUGUUAUAUGUGCAUUAUGAGACCGUUACAUUUCAACUUCGUAAGUCCUUUUUACCAAGUGAACCCAAGCUUUGGAAAAUGUAUAAAAGGGAAUACAUUUCCCCAGUUUGGCAGUUCAGUUCUAUAACUGUCAGAUUGUUGUUUAAAAUUGCUUAUUUAGAACUAGAAACUCAUUUACUCAAUACAUAUUCUUUAAAUGAAAAAUACUGGCAUUUUGUUGAUUAAUUUCUACCGAAAUUGCAUUUAUU